AUGGUGUUGUUACAGGAAUCUCUGACAUUUCACGAUGUGGCCGUGGACUUCACCUGGGAGGAGUGGCAGCUCCUGGACCCCCAUCAGAAGAACCUGUACAAGGAUGUGAUGUUGGAGAAUUUCAGCCACCUGGAGUCAGUGGGGUGUCAAGCCAGCAAACCAGACGCGCUCUCCAAGUUGGAACGAGGGGAAGAACCAUGGACAGCACAGGAUGAGCUCCACUGUGUAGUCUGUGCAGAACUCAGGAAAUAUGAUUCUCUGCAGUGUCACUUGCAAAGUCAAAGCAUUCGGAAGAAUGUGGAACGAUGCUGUGAACAUAUAUUUGCAGAUAUUAAUCAGAGCAGUGGUCAUUUCCUAUUAAAGCAAAAUCACGAUACUUUUGAGAGAAGUGAAAAACCUUUAAAACCAAAUUUAUGUUUUGAAAACCAGAAUAGAAGCCAUAACUUAAAAAACUCUAUUGAGGUGAAUGGAGAUGGUACAGCCAUUAUGCAUGCUGACCGUGAAGAAAUUUACACUGAAAUCACAUUGCCUGUCAGUACCAAACCUAUUAAUAAGAAGUCCCAGAUCAACACAGAGAAAGUCCACGGAUGCAUUGAGUGUGGGAAAGCCUUCAUCAAGAUGUCUCAGCUCGUUCGUCAUCAGAGAGUUCAUACUGGAGAGAAACCUUAUGGAUGCAAUCUGUGUUGGAAAUCCUUCAGCAGAAAAUCCAGGCUCACUGAACAUCAGAGAAUUCACACAGGACUGAAACAGUAUGAAUGCACUGAAUGUGACAAAACUUUCCUCAAGAAAUCACAAUUCAAUAUACAUCAGAAAACUCACAUGGGAGAGAAACCUUAUAUGUGUAGUGAAUGUGGGAAAACAUUCAUCAGAAAGUUUUGGCUUAUUUGUCAUCAGCGAACUCACACAGGUGAAAAGCCCUAUGAAUGUAGUCUAUGUGGGAAGUCCUUCUGCACAAAGUCUAAUCUCAAUAAACAUCAUCGUACUCAUACAGGAGAGAAACCCCAUGGAUGUCGUCUAUGUGAGAAGACCUUCCGUACAAAGUCUAAUCUCAAUAGACAUAAAAAAACUCAUACAGGUGAGAAAUCUUAUAUAUGCAGUCAAUGUGGAAAAGGCUUUAUCGAGAAAAGGCGUCUUAUUGCACAUCAUCAUACUCAUACAGGAGAGAAGCCCCAUGGAUGCAAUUUAUGUGGUAAGACCUUCUCUACAAAGUUUAGUCUCACUAUACAUCAGAAAACUCAUACAGGAGAGAAGCCUUAUAUAUGUAGUGAAUGUGGUAAAGGCUUUAUCAAGAAGAGUCGUCUUAUUGUGCAUCACCGAUCUCAUACAGGAGAGAAACCUUAUACAUGCAGUGAAUGUGGGAAAGGCUUCUCAAUGAAGCUUUGCCUUAUUGGACAUCAGCGAACACACACAGGAGAGAAGCCCUAUGUAUGUAGUGUAUGUGGAAAAGGCUUCACCAUGAAGCGUGAUCUCACUGUACAUCAGCGAAGUCAUACUUCAAAUAAACCGUAUAUGUGCAGUCAAUGUGGAAAAGGCUUCAUUGUGAAGCGUGGUCUGAUUAUACAUCAGAGAGUGCACACAGGAGAGAAACCCUAUGUGUGCAGUGAAUGUGGAAAAGGAUUUCCAGUGAAAAGGCAGCUGAUUGUACAUCAACGGACUCAUACAGGAGAGAAACCUUUUUUAUGCAGUGAAUGUGGGAAAGGCUUUUCAACAAAGCAUUGCCUUAUUGGACAUCUGCGAACUCAUACUGGAGAAAAGCCCUUUCUAUGUAUUGUGUGUGGAAAAGGCUUCACCAUGAAGCGUGAUCUCACUGUACAUCAACGAAGUCAUACUUCUGAAAAACCAUAUAUGUGCAGUGAAUGUGGAAAAGGCUUCAUUGUGAAGAGUCGUCUGAUUGUACAUCAGCGAAUACACACAGAAGAGAAACCCUAUGUAUGCAGUGAAUGUGGAAAAGGCUUCCCACAGAAAAGGCAACUGAUGGUACAUCAGUGGACUCAUACAGGACAGAAACCUUAUAUAUGUAGUGAAUGUGGAAAAGAUUUCACAGCAAAGCAUAAUCUCAUCAGACAUCACCUAAAACAUGCAAUAGAGAAUCCCUAUGAAUGUAGUGUAUGUGGAAAAGGCUUCACCACAAAGACUGAUCUCACUUUACAUCAGCAAAUUCAUACUUAAGAGAAAAUGUAUGUGCAGUGACUGUGGGAAAGGCUUUACCACGAAGAGUCAUCUGUGUAUAUCAGCGCACUCAUACAAGAGAGAAGGUUAUAUAUGCGAGGACUAUAGCAAAGGCUUAAUUGGGAAAAGCAUGCUCGUUGCACAACUGUGAAUCCAUAUGAAAAGAAACUAUAUGCAAUGAAUGUGGAAAGAGCUUCAUUAUGUAAAGUAUUCAUCAGCAAACUCAUACUGCAGAGAAGUCAUACAAAUGCAAUAAAUGUGGUCAAGGCUUUAGGAAUUAGACAUGUCUUGUGCAACAUCAGAGAUUUCACUCAGGGAAGACGUCCUUUGCAUGUAUUGAAUGUGGAAAGUUCGCAUUGAGCAAAAAUGAUUUAAUUACCCAUCAGAGAAUUCACAGGGGAGAGAAAUACUAUGAAUAUGGGAAAGCCUUCACUACAAACUCAGGACUCAAUAUUCAUCAAAGAAAACAUACAGGAGGGAGGUAGUGUGAGUGCAGCAACUGUGAGAAAGCUUUUGCCCACUUGUCAAUUAUUGUUAAUCAUAAGUGAUUUCAUAGUUACUUUGGGGAAACCCUGUUGUCACUUGUAGGUCCUCAAGGUAAUAGUAUGCAAUGAAGAAUAACAAUGCAAAGAGAAAAAAUGAGUUAAUGUAAACAUUGUGUUACUGUCU